GCCUCCUCGCCUCGUCUCUCAGCUGCUCCGUCCGCUCCGGCUCGCGAGGGAACCGCUCCAGCGCCACCGCACCCAGCACCCUGAGGACGACAGGACCGAGGGAGGUGGAAGGAGGACCCGCUCGCUCGCUCGCUCCCAGCCGCACCGGGGACCCGAGGGCCGGAGCGGAGGCCGGGGGGGAGGAGCCGCCGCGGGCACGCCCCACCCCCGGCCCGGGAAGACGACUCCCGCGACCCCGCCGGCCGGCCACCGCCCCCUCCGCCGGCGGAGACCCGCCCCUGAUCCUCCCCCGGCGGCAUGGAGGAGCCCCGCUCCUGACGGCCGCGCCGCGCCUCGGCCUCCGCCCCUCCGCCCGGCCCCUCCCGCCCGCCUCCGCUCGCAUGUCCGCGCCGCCUUAGCCGAGGAUGCUGAGGAUGAAGCUCCCGCUGAAGCCGACGCACCCCGUGGAGCCGCCGCCCGAGGCGGAGGAGCCCGAAGCGGAUGCGCGGCCAGGGACUAAGGCGCCGCCGCGGGUCCGCCGCCGCGACUGCCGCCCCACGCCGCCGCCGACGUCUCCCGCGGGCCCGUCGCGGGCCCCCCCGCCGCCGCCGCCGCCCCGGGGGCUCGGGCCGCCUGUUGCUGGCGGAGCCGCGGCGGGGAUGGGCACGCCGGGCGGCGGCGGCGGGCCCGCGGCGGCGCUGCGCGAGCAGGAGCGGGUGUACGAGUGGUUCGGGCUGGUGCUGGGCUCGGCGCAGCGCCUGGAGUUCAUGUGCGGGCUGCUGGACCUGUGCAACCCGCUGGAGCUGCGCUUCCUCGGCUCGUGCUUGGAGGACCUGGCGCGCAAGGACUAUCACUACCUGCGAGACUCGGAGGCCAAGGCCAACGGCCUCUCGGACCCGGGGCCCCUGACCGACUUCCGAGAGCCCGCCGUACGCUCGCGGCUCAUCGUCUACCUGGCGCUCCUGGGCUCGGAGAACCGUGAGGCCGCCGGCCGCCUGCACCGCCUCCUGCCCCAGGUGGACUCGGUGCUCAGGAGCCUUUGCGCGGCCCGGGGCGAGGGCUCGCGGGGCGGCGCGGACGGCGAGCGCGGAGAGGACGGGGUGGGCGAGGAGAACGCCGAGAAGGACGGCUCCGGCCCGGAAGGCAGCGGCGCCGAGUCCCGGGCCGGCGAUGGGCUGGGCUUCAGGGCCCAGGAGGAACUGCUGCUGCUCUUCACCAUGGCUUCGCUGCAUCCGGCGUUCUCCUUCCACCAGCGGGUCACCCUGAGGGAGCACCUGGAGAGGCUCCGCAGCGCGCUCCGCCGGGGCCCCGAGGAUGCGGAGGUGGAGCCGUGCAACUUUGCCGGCCCCAGGGCCCAGAAUGACUCUGCUCACGGUGAUUACAUGCAAAGUAACGAGGCCAGUUUGAUAGAACAAGCCCCGAUACCUCAUGACGGACUUACCGCAGCGCCUCACAGAGCCCAGCGAGAAGCUGUGCACAUUGAGAAGAUAAUGUUGAGAGGAGUCCAGAGAAAAAGGGCUGACAGAUAUUGGGAGUACACCUUCGAAGUAAAUUGGUCUGAUCUUUCAGUUACCACAGUAACAAAAACCUACCAAGAACUACAGGAAUUUCUACUGAAGCUUCCCAAGGAGUUGUCUUCAGAGGCUUUUGACAAGACCAUCCUCAGAGCCCUGAAUCAGGGCGCGCUGAAGCGAGAGGAGCGGCGGCAUCCCGACCUAGAGCCCAUCCUAAGGCAGCUAUUUGCAACUUCAUCCCAAGCUUUUCUGCAGAGUCAGAAAGUACACAGCUUUUUCCAGUCCAUCCCGUCAGACCCUCGACACAGCCUCAAUAACUUACAGUCCUCUCUGAAGACUUCCAAGAUAUUAGAACACUUGAAAGAAGACAGCUCAGAAGCUUCAAGUCAAGAAGAAGACGUGUUGCAGCACCCCGUCAUGCACAAGAAGCACGCCGGGAAGAGCCCCACUGUGAACACUACUGGUACAACUUGUUCCCCACUGGACGGCCUCACCAUGCAGUGUUCCGAACAGAACGGCGUUGUGGACUGGCGGAAGCAGAGCUGCACCACCGCCCAGCACCCGGGGCACUGUGUGGCCUUAGCGGACCAGCAUUCAACUGAUAAAAGAAGUUUAUCUUCAAUAAAUAAGAAGAAAGGAAAGCCACAUGUAGAAAAGGAGCAAGUUAAGAAAGCUGACAACAGACUGAAUAGUAGAAUCAACGGUAUUAGACUCUCCACUCCUCAGCACGCCCAGGGCAGUUCCGUGAAAGAUGCGAAUUUGGACAUUGGAUCUGGACAUGACACGUGUGGAGAGACAUCCUCAGAGAGUUACAGUUCUCCCUCCAGUCCACGGCAUGACGGGAGAGAGAGUUUCGACAGCGAAGAAGAAAGAGACCGAGACACCGACAGCAACUCCGAGGACUCGGGGACGCCGGCCACGCGCAGGUUCCCCGGUUCCGGCUCCGUCGCCCAGACUGCUGCCGUCCCGCCCCCGGGAAACAUCGCCUCCUUGGGAGACGGGAGCGGAGGCCUUCUCGAGGACCCCGCCGGCGCGCCCAAGUACCCGCACAUUUCUUUCAUGCCGACGCUGCACUGUGUGGUGCACAGCGGCGCCCAGAAGUCGGACGUGGUCGUUCCUGCCCCCAAACCCGGCGACGGCAAGACAAUAGGCAUGCUGGUUCCCGGUCCUGUCGCCCUUUCUGCACUGAGGGAGUCCGGCGCGACCCCCGUGGGGCUCCUGGGGCCGGCAGCUCCUACUGGAGAUUCAGAAAAGCACCUCGAGCUGCUGGCAUCGCCCUUGCCCCUCCCGGCCACGUUCCUCCCGCACGUCCAGAGGCUGAAGCUGCCACCGCCGCAGCCGCAGGGAUCCUCCGAGGGCUGCGCGCUGAGCGGGCCGCCGCCGCCGGCCGGGGGCCUGAGCGUCGGGUCCCUGGGCGCUGCCUUCCUCCCGGUGCACAGCCCAGGAGGGUUCCCGGGCUCUCCUGGGGCUUCCACGGACCCCGUCGCCAAACCCGCCUCCCAAAUGGCGGGACUCAAUCAAAUGGUGCCUCAAAUGGAGGGAAACGCGGGGACAGCCCCUCAGCCCACCAGUGUGAACGUAGUGCUCUCAGCAGCCGGCCUCUCGGCCGCUCAGCCACCAGCCCCCUACGCCCUGGCGGGCUCGCCCCUCGCCGCCGCGGCAGGGUUGCCCAGCCAGACCGCCGCCGCAGCGCCAUCCGCGCAGGCCCAGCCCGCGGUCCCCACGCACACGCCGGGCCCGGCGCCCAGCCCGAGCCCCGCGCUGACGCACAGCACCGCGCAGAGCGACGGCGCGUCCUACAUCAGUGCGGUGGGGAGCACGAACGCCAGCGGCGCCGUGCUGCCGCCCCCGCAGAUGGGCUCGGGGCCCUGCGGCUCCUGCGGGCGGAGGUGCGGCUGCGGGACCAACGGCAACCUCCAGCUGAGUAGCUACUAUUACCCCAACCCCGUGCCCAUGUACCGAGUCCCCCCACUCUUCCCUCUGCCGUCCAUGUGCAACGGCAGCUACCUCAACCAAGCACAUCAGAGCAACGGAAACCAGCUUCCUUUCUUUCUGCCCCCGGCCCCGUAUGCGAACGGGCUGGUGCACGACCCGGUCCUGGGGAGCCAAGCCAGCUACGGCCUGCAGCAGGUGGCGGGAUUCGGGAGGUACUACGCCGUCUACGCAGCGCCCGGUGUGGUUGCCAGCACGAGCGGCUCGGGGCCCAAGAAGAGCGGGAACGUCUCGUGCUACAACUGCGGCGUGAGCGGGCACUUUGCCCAGGAGUGCAAGCAGGCGUCCAUGGAGGCCAGCCAACAAGGCACUUACAGACUGAGGUACGCACCUCCCCUCCCCCCUCCUAGUGACACGUUGGACUCUGCAGACUGAACCAAGUAAAGCUUGCCUGCCUGAUACGUGAAGGGGGUGGGGGGGGCCGGGGGGGCGUGGAGGGCAGGAAAGGAAAGGUAUUCUGUUCAUGUUUCUUUGUCUACACAUUUCCGGAAUUUCUAUGCAGUCGGGGUUUCUCCUGUUUCCUGUACCAAUGUCCAAAACAGAAAAGGACGCAUUGCUUUUGAGCCUCCGGUCUCCUGGUUCAACAACCGGCUUGUCUGUGUGACCCGUGUAACUUAAACAUCCAAACUAUCAAAAGGAACAUGGAUGCGUGGUGUUUCUUUUUUACACUGAAUACUUGCUGUGUGCAAUGUUUACUGAAUCUUUAAAACUGUGUAUUUGACCUUUUUUUUUUUUUUGACAACACUGGUGGCAGUCAUAUGGUUUUGAAAAAAAAAAAAAGAUGCUCUGCUUCUUCCCCAGCUUUUCUCACUCUCACCCUAAAGCACACUGUUCUCCCUGCCCCCCUCCCGCUCGCCAGCGGCCCCUUGCAGGGCGGGUGGCCAGCGCCCUGGUGCCCACCCUUGGAGACUGCUCUGCACACACGCCGAGGGCCAGCCGUUCCACCCGAAUCUCGAGGGAGGAGUCAGAUUCCCCAGGGCAUGUGCGUGUGUGCGAGGAGCAGCGUCACGGAAACCCACGCACGCGGUGCUCGGUGUCCGCCUGCACGCUGAAAUAAGUGGAAGCAGUAAAACCGUAUAACCCUGAGGAAACAUGAUGUAUGAGGUGGACAGAGAGCUUUUUCUUGCAAACAGACGACCUUUGUGACGCAUCACCCUUUGUAGCCCGUUGGCUCAGAGAGACGGCAAGUGAACGAGCCGGCGUGGAUGGUCUGCGUGUCUGUUGGUGGGGCGGCCGGCCUCACUGGCCGUCUGCCCCGGUGUCGUGCUCGGACGCCGCCCGAGUGGCAGCCCUCCUUUCCCGCGCCACCUGUCCCAGUGUUACGUCGCGGUGAACACGCGUGUGCUGUGCUUCGCCGCAGCCCGCACGCACAGAGCCCUGCGUCCCUGCCGGCGCCCGGCGUCAGCGCCCUGCCCGGUCUCUCGUCGCAGAGCCGCUCCCCUGCCCGUUCCCCGCUGCGCUUGGUGAGGAUGUGAAAGACUGCUGAGCGCAGCACGGUGUUGAUCAUGUCCGUGUCCUGUCACUACGUUCAAUGCUGCUGUUUUUAAAAAAAAAAAAAAAAAAAGGUUUUUUAAAGCCAAUCUAUGUACUAAAUUGCUUCCAGGUAAUCUUUGAUUUCCUAAAGUGCACUGAGGUUAUCUGGGAGAUCAGGGGCGUUCCUCGGGCUGCCGCGGCCCACAGCGACGGGCACCUCCCGCCGCGCAGCUGCGGGUCCGGGGGUCCGGGUGGGCUCUGGUCCCCGCGCCUCAGGGUGGAGCCCGAAUGAGAGGUUUCUGUCCUGCGCGGCACCUGGGUGUGCGGCACCUGGGUGUGCGGCCAGGGAACGUCGGUGUUUGGCGCUGGCUCCGAAGCCUGACAGAUCGCUUAAACAGAAGGAAACACUUGAAGAAAGAAGGAGCUUCCUGUCGUGCUUCCUAGGUAGCAUUUAUAUUUAUGGCACCGAUGUACAUUUUGAAACUUUCUUUCAGGGGUUGGGAGUUAAAGGGGAAAGGGUGGGGGGUGGGAAGGGGUCAAGGAAAGCUUUAAUUUAAAAAGAAACAGAGUUCGAGUAAAGGAAAUUAUUUUGAUUAAUUGUAUUUUAUUUGAUCUGGGCACUUUUGGACCACGUUAUUAUUAAAUAUUAACUGUUACGCUGCCGCAGAGUCGUUCCAGUGAGAGUUCGGACGAGCCGCGGACGGGCCGCGCCGAGGGUCGCUUGCCAGUGUGCUCCACGGAGCCUGUUUCCCGGUCUGAAAUACUGUACUGUACCUAGGAGGUGUGCUGCCUUCUCCUCGUUUGUAUGUUUACCAUAUACUUUGAUAUUUGAAAUGUUAUGUACUGGAAAGGCCACUUAUAUUUCUAGAACAGAUUGGAUUUUAUGCAACCUUUUUUCCUUGAAUUAACAGCAAUAAAAAAAAAAUGAAAAACA